GAGGAAGAGGAGGAAGAACGAGCAAGGAGGCAAGAGGAGAAGAAGAAAAGGAGGAGGAAGAGAGAGAGAUGAGAGAGAGAGAGAGGAGAGAGAGAGAGAGAGAGAGAGAGAGAGAGA